AUUGACAGUAACACUGAUGGAUUUGUUGAUUUCGAAGAGUUUGUUGCUGCCACACUACAUGUGCAUCAGCUGGUGGAACAUGAUACUGAGAAGUGGAAAUCAUUGUCUCAGGCUGCAUUUGAUAAAUUCGAUGUUGACGGUGAUGGCUAUAUCACAUCUAAUGAACUGAGAAUGAAUACAGGACUGAAGGGUUCUAUUGACCCCCUCCUAGAGGAGGCUGAUAUUGACAAAGAUGGCAAAAUAAGCCUUGAUGAAUUUCGCAGGCUCUUGAAAACUGCAAGCAUGAGUUCACGCAACCCAACUCCACGGAGUGUUUCCAAGUAA